AGCCAACAGAAGGCGGAGGGAGCUGGGGAGGGGAGCUGAACCCCGGCCAAGCCCUGCUGGCAGCCCUGGUGCCAGGGCUAAACCUGCUUUGAGAGACACCAGGCAGGGGAGGGACUCUGCGCAGAGCAGAAGGAGAAAAGAAACUUGAAGCCGGCUUCCCUUGUGGCAUGUGUGCGAUCCGGGCAUCCCCUCCCACCCUGCCGUGGUUAAAUGAGAGCACGUGAAGAACAUGAGGGCUGCCUGAGAGGGAGGGCACGGAGGGAGGAGGAAGGCGAGCCCUGGCUUUGCGGUGUGCCUUACACCCAGAUCGGAGCUGCGAGCGCCCGGGGGUGGGAGCACACGGAGAAAGGGCGUCCCAUGCCAGCUGCCAACAUGACAGAAACGCUGCAGCUCCCGGCGCUGCGGGUCCCCGAGCAGCAGGUGCUGGAGGGCGGCUGCGCCUGGUCCAGCUCGUCCACCCCGACCCUGCGCAGGAGGCGCUUCAAGAUGAGGAGGAUGAAGAACGUGCAGGAGCAGAGCCUGGAGGCCGGCAGGGAGCAGGAUUCUCCUCCCUCCAGCAAGGAAUACCUGCAGCUGCCAUCCAUUGAGAUCACCCCGUCCAGUGACGAGGACACCCCCUGGUCCAACUGCUCCACUCCCAGCGCCUCGCCGCGCCGCAAGCGCUUCCUCCUGCGCAAGUGGCUGCGCGUCCGCGAGAAGAAGGAGUGCAGUGAGAGCAGCAGCCAGCAGAGCAGCCAGCAGAGCAGCCACGACGAUGACUCUGCGCGGUUCCUGAGCCCCUUCCUGCGUGAGGACAGUACUGCCAGUAACUCCAACCGCAGCACGCCCGCCUGCUCGCCCAUCCUGCGCAAACGCUCGCGCUCGCCCACGCCGCAGGACGCGCCGGGGGACACCAUGGUGGAGAAGGGCUCCGAGCACUCCUCGGACAAGUCGCCGUCCACGCCGGAGCAGGGCGUGCAGCGCAGCUGCUCCUCGCAGUCCGGCCGCAGCGGGGCCAAGAACUCCAAGUCACACAAGCGCCUCUCCAAAUAUGACAGACUUAACCUGCUCAAAAAAAGCCAGAGUUGGUAUAAUGUGUUGAGUCCCACGUACAAACAGCGGAAUGAGGAUUUUAGGAAACUUUUCAAGCAGCUCCCGGACACCGAGCGCCUCAUCGUGGAUUACUCAUGUGCUCUCCAGAGAGACAUCCUCCUGCAGGGCCGCCUCUACCUCUCCGAGAACUGGAUCUGCUUCUACAGCAACAUCUUCCGCUGGGAGACACUGCUGACAGUUCGCUUGAAGGACAUCUGCUCCAUGACCAAGGAGAAGACAGCACGGCUCAUUCCCAAUGCCAUCCAAGUUUGCACUGACACUGAAAAGCACUUUUUUACCUCCUUUGGGGCUCGAGACAGGACGUACAUGAUGAUGUUCAGACUGUGGCAGAAUGCUCUGCUUGACAAGCCCCUGUGUCCAAAGGAGCUCUGGCACUUUGUCCACCAGUGCUACGGGAACGAGCUGGGGCUGACCAGCGAUGACGAGGACUACGUGCCCCCCGACGAUGACUUCAACACCAUGGGCUGUAGCUGUUGUGAGAGGGGUAGCCAUAAAAACCUGUGUUCUCUGUGGCGUCCCAGCUACUGCGAAGAAAUCCCUGUGGAGGAGAAUGAAGUCAACGACAGCUCCUCCAAGAGCAGCAUGGAGGCCAAGCCAGAAGCCAGCCCUCAGCUGCCAAAGAAAUCUGUCACUGCCAGCACCCUGACCUCUACAGGCAGCAGUGAAGCCCCAGCCUCGUUCGAUGGAGUGCUCCCAGAAGAGGAGGAGGCAGUGGCAGAGAGUCCAGUGGAGAAAGACCUUGGCAUUGCCAACAUCAUGGGAGAGAAGAUCGACAUCAUUGGCCCUGUGAACUCCCCCUCCCUGGACUUCAAUGACAACGAGGACAUUCCCACUGAGCUCAGUGACUCCUCAGACACUCAUGAUGAAGGUGAAGUCCAGGCCUUUUACGAGGACCUGAACGGGCGCCAGUACGUGAACGAGGUGUUCAACUUCAGCGUGGACAAGCUCUACGACCUGCUCUUCACUGACUCCCAGUUCCAGAGGGACUUCAUGGAGCAGCGCCGCUUCUCUGAUAUUAUCUUUCACCCCUGGAAGAAGGAGGAAAAUGGCAAUCAGACCAGAGUGAUCCUGUACACCAUCACCCUCACCAACCCUCUGGCCCCCAAAACUGCCACAGUCACUGAGACUCAGACAAUGUACAAAGCCAGCCAGGAGAGCGAGUGCUAUGUCAUAGAUGCAGAGGUGCUAACCCACGACGUCCCCUACCACGAUUAUUUCUACACCAUCAACCGCUACACGCUGACUCGGGUUGCCAGGAACAAAAGCAGACUCAGGGUUUCCACAGAAUUGCGCUACAGGAAGCAGCCCUGGGGGCUGGUGAAAUCCUUCAUUGAGAAGAAUUUUUGGAGUGGCCUGGAAGAUUAUUUCCGUCAUUUGGAGAGCGAGCUGACCAAAACAGAGAGCACAUACCUGGCUGAGGUGCACAGACAAUCCCCCAAAGAGAAGGUGAGCAAGCAGCCCACGGUGCGGCGGCGGAAGCGCGCCCACGCCCACCUGCGCGUGCCACACCUGGAGGAGGUGCUCAGCCCCGUCACCACCCCCACGGAUGAGGAGGUUGCCCAUCGGAUCAAGCACGUGGCAGGUUCCACUCAGACCCGGCACAUCCCUGAGGAGAGCCCCAGUGGCUUCCACCUGCAGAGUGUCUCCAAGCUGCUCCUUGUCAUCAGCUUUGUGAUCUGUUUCAGUCUGGUGCUGCUGGUCAUUCUCAACAUGAUGCUGUUCUACAAGCUCUGGAUGUUGGAGUACACCACGCAGACGCUGACGGCGUGGCAGGGCCUGAGGCUGCAGGAGAGGUUGCCCCAGUCUCAGACAGAAUGGGCCCAGCUGCUGGAGUCCCAGCAGAAGUACCACGACUCAGAGCUGCAGAAAUGGCGCGAGAUCAUCAAAUCCUCGGUGAUGCUGCUGGACCAGAUGAAGGAUUCACUAAUAAAUCUCCAGAAUGGCAUCGGGUCCCGGGACUUCGGGUCAGAUCCAGAGGAGAAACGGAAACGUUUCCAUUAACAGGCAGGAAUGCAGGAGGCCAGAGGACGGUGUGCAAUACGUGUAAAUAGGAUAUAUAAAUAUAUAUAUAAAUAUAUAUAUAUAUACAGAUAUAAAUAUAUAUAUUAUAUACAGAUUUUAAGAGAAAAAAAGCAAAAAAAAAGCAAAAAAAAAAAAAAAAGCCUAAAGAGGGGAAGGAGUGACCUCCAACACUGGCUGAACUGGAGUGUCCCUGGGAGCGUGGGGGGUGUGUGUGUGUGUGGGAGGGCUGUGCUCUCCCAGCACUGAGGUGUGCUUAGGGCUGUGCCCAGCUCUGCUCCCUGGGCCUGUGCACUGCUCCUCUGUAAUAUUCCUGUCUGUCUGUCUGUCUGUUCUGUUUUUGUUGUCUCAAAGGGAAGCAUCAGUGUGAGUGGCCCCCCCUGCCCGUCCCCAUCCCCUCCCUGCGCAUGGAGAUCCCUGCUGCACUCUAUUUAUCUCUAAAGGGGACACUGUCACCUCCCUGACCUUGCUGGCUUCAGGGUUUUGGGGACACUGUCACCUCCCUGACCUUGCUGGCUUCAGGGCACAGAGGUUUUGGGGACACUGUCACCUCCCUGACCUCGCUGGCUUCAGGGCACAGAGGUUUUGGGGACACUGUCACCUCCCUGACUUUGCUGGCUGCAGGGCACAGAGGUUUUGGGCUCAGUCAAUCCCUUGCAGAACUGCUCUGAAGGGGAGGGUGAGUUGCUGUGGGUCUGUGGAGGGCAGAUCCCCCUGGCAGGGCCCUCCUGGCAGCAGAAAUUUGCUGUCAGGGUGGCUCAGAGAGCAAAGCACAGAGUGUGACUGAGCUGUGAUCCCUCCCAGUUUGGAUUUGCUGCCUCCUGUCGUGGAUGCUGCAGUGAGAGCCAGGGGAGCGUCCCCCUCCUGUGCCAGUGUCCCCUUUAGCUGCUCUCUGCUUUCUCUGUGCUUGGCCCCUGCCCCUGAGCCAUCCCUGUGCUGCAGGUCUGCAUUGGUGCUGGAAUCACCACGCUGGGGGGACCCACAUUUAAGCAGAAAA